AGAUACAGAAUGAUGGAAAGACUGAGAGGACGGGAAACAAGGCGAGAAAGAGCAGUAGAGAGAAUGUGGGAGGGAGUUAAAUAGGGAAAGAACAAGGUAGAGGAGAGGGAGAAAGAGGGGCUGAGCAAAAGAGUACAUUCUGUGUUUCUGUGGGAGGGUGACAAGUGCAUACUUCAAGGCAGAUGGGAUGUAGUGAACACAGUAUGAGGAGAUGAAAAUGGGCUCAAAGAACAAAGAUACAUAAACAGUAAAGGAGAUACUGCGCCUGCGGUCCUGCAACAACAGCUCUAGCUACCCUCCACAUGAACGGUCAGACCAGGAAAGACUGCACACCACUCAAUAACCCAGAUGGAAACACAGACCAUAUCUUUCUGGGGUCAUGAGUCGACCUCCCACUCCCAGUGUCUUUUCAUCAGCAUCCGGCAACACUGCCACGACACCUUUUCUGCCUAGAGACCAUGGGAAGCGUCAGCAGCCUCAUCUCGGGUCACAGUCUCCACAACAAGCACUGUCAGGCCACAGAGUACAAACUAAAGAAAGCAGGCCGUAAGCAGAAAACAGGACGGAGUCUGGAGGGAUUACUAAAAUGCAGCUUUGCACAGGGGUCCUCCAACCAAACAGCGAAGGUCAUCUCUCGAGCAGGCAAGAGUGAGGACUUCUUUUACAUAAAGGUGAACCACCAGCCGCAGGUGACUCAACCCUGGGGAGAGGACCAUGUAGGAAAUUCUAAUAAUAUGGAAGCAGGUAUUAGAGUGACACCCAAUCUUUUGCCCAUGUCUGGGAAACUGAAGAAGAAUACCGAGAAGGCUUUGAUCCGGCCCACGGCUUUCAAACCAGUCGUCCCCAAGAGCACCUCUUCUGCAGAGGCUCGUAACGAUCCCGCCCACCUCCUUUGUCCCCCGGAGAUGAACAGAGACUCGCAGGGGCCCGGGCAGGAUAACUUUUCAAGCACCUUCUCAGACUCCGGGCAGGACUCAAUGUCCAGCCUGCCUAGUCACAGCACCAGCGAGAGCAUAGUUGCAUCCACCGGCCCAUUGACUCAAAAUGCAGGAGUCUCAGCCCAUUGCAUGACUCAUCCCCUCCUGUCUACAAGGACCAAUGGGAACGGCAUUAGUGCCAGCGUCAGGGCCGUGGCUCUGAGUAAUGGUGAUGCAGGGAAGGCCAACAGGGACACCGUCUCCCUCUCCUCACCUCAGCCGUCUAGCCCCCUGUUGGAGGAGAUGGGGGGCUGCAACCGCUCGCCCAUCUCCCCAGACGAGUCCCUCAUUGAGCUGCUGGAGCAGAGGCUGCUGGAGAGAGAAUCAGAGCUGCAGGAGCUGCAGGUGAGCUUUGAGGAAAAAGAAGUGGACACAUGCAAUCUGUUUGAAGACAGACAGCGCUAUUGUGUUGAGGAGAUGGAGGGCCUGAAGCAGAGGUGCUCCACCAAGCUCAGGCAGGUCUCGCAGAGGGCCGUGAAGAACCACCAGGCCUUACAACUACAGGUCAGCCAGCUACAGCAAGACAAGCAGAGGCUCCAGGACGAGCUGGCUCGGAUGACUCAGGAGAAGGAGCUGACAGAGGUCAAAUUGAAUUCAUUUGAGACGGAGAAGACCAAGCUAGAGCCUACAUUAGAGGAGGCCCAGUGGGAGGUAUGCCAAAAGAUUGGAGAGAUCUCCCUACUAAAGCAACAGCUCAGGGACUCUCAGGCAGAUGUCACUCACAAGCUGAAUGACAUUGUGAGCCUCAAGGCCUUGCUGAAGGAGACCAGGGCUAAAAUGGAGGCACUGGAGCAGAAGAAAGAUGUACUGGAGGACAAGAUACGCAUUCGCAGUGUAGAUGUUGAGGUAUGCCAAAAUGAGCUCCAGCGCAAGAAGAAUGAGGCUGAUCUUCUAAGAGCAAAGGUGGGCAUCCUGGAGACAGACAUUAAGGGAAUGAAGAAGGACCUGGCCAUGGCAAAAGAACAGAGACAGCAGCAGAAGGCCAAAAUGGAGACCCGGGGCCCGGAGAGGUCCAAUCAGAUUGGAGGGAGCACUAACUCUCUCCAGAGAGAGGUAGAGAGGCUGAAAGAAGAGCUCAGGAAUGAAAAGGAUACACAGGAGAGGCUCACAAAUAGCUUUGAGCGUGAGCGACAGACAUGGAACAGGGAGAAGGACAGAGUCAUCAAGUACCAGAAACAGCUUCAGCUGAACUAUGUCCAGAUGCACAAGAAGAACCAAGACCUGGAGAGGAUCCUGCAGGAGCUCACAGUGGAGCUGGAGAGUCGUCCAGAACUUGAUGUGGACUUCCACAGCUCAGUGUUACAUUAUGAGGAUAUUAUCGCCACAGAAAUUUGAGGAAUAAACCCACCAAGUUGGCUACCUUAUGACUGCAGAAUAUGGUCAGGUCUGACUGUUGGGCUGCAGAAUGAGAAUUGUGGUCAGGUUUGACUGUUCUUGUAUAUUAAAAUCAUAAUUUUUCUCUAACUGUGUAAAGAAUGGCCAAUCCAGAAGAAUGGCCAAUGCAUAGUGAAAUACCUUUGUCCUGCCAUCAGCAUUGUUGAAGUGUACUCUGACCAAAAUGUAAGAAGGUUCUGCCAGUGUGUGAAUGUAGAAGAAAUUUGUGAGAAAGGUAGAAUUAAGUCAAGAACCACCUCUGAAGACCCCACUGCAGAGUUCUCAUUCGUCUGACUGUUUUUGUUUCCCAAUGACUUAUAAAUCAUAUUGUCACUGGAGAUUCUCCACUGAUCUUGCUUAACAGGUCAGUUAUUUCUCCAUUUCCCAAUACUGUAGUAAGACAGAGGAAUUAUUUCUGCAUGCGUGAAGUCCUACAAAGGAUGAUGAAAGUCUCCAGAACAACCAGUGAGACUCAGUGAUAUGAUAUUGAUUUAUUAAGAUCUAGCCUUUUAAAUCAUGAUCACCACUGUUGCCAGAAAUACUGCGGAGCGAGGGACAAGAGGCUGCACUUAUCUGCACCCACACUGAUGCUAGCAUCUGCACAUGUAAAAUGGGAGCAUCCAUGUUGCAGCAGUAUAUGCAGUAGCUUAAUUGCAACAAAGUAGUCCCUCACUUUACACUGUGGUCGUCUGAAGAUACCUUGCUCAUGGUAAAAACUACGGUAAAAACGACCUUUCUAGAAGCACUCCAGACUUGAGGUAUAAUUUCAGCCAGUGGUUGUUAAGUGGUGUUCAAGAGCCAAAACGGGUCUCAAUUGUGUGUGUACUAAGUCAUUCAGCCGUGCAAUACAUCCACUUAAUAUGAUAUAUUACAUUGUGCAAAGAAUUUGCAACUGAAUACAAACUCGAUGGGCUUAAGAACCUGGAAUGCAUCUUUAAGAGUCAAACCACUGGAUUUAAAUUUGGUGAAUUGUCAUGAAUAUUAUUGAUUUAAGAGACACUAAAUGUCAACACACAGUAUAGAACUGUUUGGUGUUAGAUGACAUGAUAAAGUAUGUUUAGCAUUGCACUUACAUUUUAAGAGGGACUGGAAGAACAUGAUUGUCAAAGUGUACCCACACCACAUUGAGAAUGUCUCAUCAGUAGAGAUAAUCUUGAGGACGAGCAGAUUACUUGAGAAAUACUGUAUAAGGAUGUUUAAAAUGUUCCCUAUCACAUGGUUUAUUUAUAUGAAACAUGUACAAUCCCUUUUCCAAAAAAGUUAGGACACAGUGUAAAAUGAAAAAGAAAACAGAAUGCAAAGAUGUGCAAAUCAUU